AUGCCUCCCCCUAGAGAAUUUGAGUUCUCUGUAGAUCUUGUGCCUGGAACGGCGCCUAUAUUGAAGGCUCCUUACCGUUUAGCACCCAAAGAGAUGCAAGAGUUGAAGGUUCAGUUGCAAGAGUUGUUGGACAAGGGGCAUAUUCGACCUAGUACAUCACCGUGGGGAGCGCCUAUGCUUUUCGUAAAGAAGAAGGAUGGAAGCAUGAGACUGUGCAUUGAUUAUCGCGAGUUAAACCAAGUAACAAUCAAGAACAAAUAUCCACUACCAAGGAUCGAUGACUUGUUUGACCAACUCAGAGGUGCAGGGAGUCACGAGACUCUCAAGAGGCGGGUUGCUGGGCUCUCUCGGACUUUGGAGUCGAAGGAGGAAGUUUUGGAGCAGGAGAGGCAAUUUCACAGGCUUGAGCAGAAGAGGCUGAAGGAUGAGCUGGGUCGCGUCGUCCCAACCUAUCAUAGGUCCCACCAAUUCAAGUUGGUCACCAUGGCACACGCCCGAGGUCACAUGCACGAGCUGUUAGAGGAGUGGCUCGCUUCGGAGGACGGGAAGAACCGUCUGCAAGAGGAUAACUCUUUUGAUCUAGUGGCGAGGGGCCUACCGGACAUACUUUCCCAUCCGGGUACUUCUGCAUGCGGCUCACCAACCCCAUCAGAUGGAGUCCCUACCCAUAAUGGUGCGACGGAACUGAGAGGGCUGGAUCAGUUUCUCGAAAAUCAACCUACACAUGCUAGCCUUAUCUCCCCUUCCUUGGAGAAUAUUCACCUUCCCGCGAGCAUGGAGACCCUCGGCGAUGAGAUCGCAGCUUACAAUGCCUCCACCAGUGCUCCCGACCUGAAUGCUUAG